GCGAGGCGGAUGUGUGAGUGUGUGUGUGCCGCGCUGUGGUGACUUGAACGCCUUACUAGUGACUCUAAUGUGCUUCUGGUGACUUACUUGGAUCGCCUGUGCUUCUUAUGUGGAAUGCGUGGCCGAGCAGGAGGAGGAACAAGGUGUCUGGAUCGCUGAGGCCAACAGGACGCCACGCCUCCCCUCCCUGGGCCUGCCGCUGCUGCUGCCCCCGGCGUAACACAGGAGUGCUGUGUGGUGGAAAACUAACCCAGCGUGCGUCCACAACACUCUAAAAUCGCAGCGCAUUCCACGUUACCUGAAGCAACUCGUGUCGUCUGGCGGUGGUGGGCGAGGCCCGCGGGGACCUCGUGGGGGAAAGGCGGGCCGCGGGCUGGGCAGGAAGACGGCCGGGUGGGUUCAGUCAGUAGAGCUCUGGGCGGCGUUGGGUGUGGACGUGCUGGCGGCGCUCAGUGACUGCCCAGUGAUUGGCUGUGUAGGAUGAAAGGAGUUUGUCUUUGUUGAGAGAAACUUGACAGUCCGCAGUGAUGGCGCGUCGCGUGGCACUGUUGGCAGUGGUGUGCCUGGCGGGCUUGUCGGCCGCCGUGCAGUACUCUGACUUGGAAGCGAUGAAUGUGACGUGCGCGCCUAAGGACACUUGUCACUUCGGCAAAGGGCCUCGCCUCGGGGACUCCACAAACUGGAAAAGCAGGAACUGUUUCUGUGACGACCUGUGCGCGGAUUACGGCGACUGUUGCCUGGACGCGAACGCUUAUGACCCCGAGGUGCAGGUGACGGCCGUCAACAACCACCAGUGCGUGCACCUCAGGCACUUCGGGGAUAUUUACAUGAAGGGCACGUGCAUGGAUGACUGGCAGGACCAGGACGUGGCCGACAUGUGCGCCGCCAACUCUCCGGACUCCAACUCAGUGCGGCGGGACCCGCUGGCCUCCUUCCCCGCCACCAGCUACGACACCGCCAUCACCUAUGCCAACUACUUCUGCGCCGUGUGCAACAACGACUCCACCUCACUGGAGAUCUGGAAGCCUCGCCUAGAGUGCCCGACGCUCGCCAGCUACCAAUCCCGCUUCAGGAACCUGACCAUGGCGUACGUGGCCCCGAGACUUGAGUUCAGGGAGAAGCACUGGGGCCUGCACGUGGAGGACGGCGGCUUUCCUGUCUUCCACACGUGCUACAUGGACCCCGUGAUGCCCGAGACGGUGGGCCACCUGGUGAGGCCCUGCAAGCACAUGAUCAGGACGUGUGCCGCCAACUGGACCAACACAGAGGUGGAGGACCAGUGCCACUCCUACACGGCGGUGAUGUACGCCUUCGACCAGGCUUUCAGGAACGUACACUGCGCCUUGUGCAACCACGAGACGCUCGAAUCCCUGGGCUGCCAGUACGGGGUGUUCACCAGGUUCUACUUGAGGGACGACUUCAAUCCCGGCGCCUUCGCGUUGCUCUUCGACUACAGUGACAAUGGCGGCAACGUGGUGGGUUCGGCGUGUGGGAACGGCGAGGUGUUCGACCCGUUCUUCAAGAAGUGCAGGAAUGUGGUGUGUGGCAAGGCCGGACACCAGUACCGCUUCGGCCGCUGUGUGUACGCUGGCGAGGGGACCACGGCCGCCACCACCGCUCCUCCAUCCAACACCACAGAGGAGGAAAACACCAGCCAGAAGGAGGAAUAUGUGGACGGAGGUAACUCCACCACUCCUGUGCCAGGAGGCGAAGAGGAAACCGCGACCUUCCCGCCCACUGCCUCCUCGCCCGCGGGGCCGGAGGUGGCCUCGCCCCCCCUCCUGACAAACAAGUCUCAAUCUCUGUCCUGCGAGAGGUUCCUGCUGCCCGCUGACGAAUACGCCAUGUCUGACAACGGCACGGUGGUGGUGGAGAAGUACGGCAGGACGUACCUGCCGCACGAGUACGAGCGUCGCGAGGGCGGCAUCCUGGUGUGCAUCAUCCAGCCCGAGGUGAGCAAGUUCUCGCGGCUCAUGGGCUGGGUGACGCUGGCGGGCCUGGGUCUGUCCUGCGUGUGUCUGCUGCUGCACCUCGUCGCCUUCCUCCUCGUGCCGGACCUGAGGAACCUGUCCGGCAAGAACCUGGCGUCGCUGUGCCUGGUGCUGCUCGCCGCCUACGCCACCUUCAUCCUCAGCGUGUUUGGGGAGCCUGGCAAGCGGGAGUGCUUCGUGCUGGCCGCCGCCAUGUACUACUUCUUCCUGUCCUCCUUCUGCUGGAUGAACGUGAUGGCGCUGGACAUCUGGCGCACGCUGCGUAUGGCCACCUCGGAGCUGCGGGUCAGCUCGGGCAAGCAGUGGGUCAAGUUUCUGUACUCACUGUACGGGUGGCUGGCGCCCGCCCUGGCCCUCGUGGUGCUGGUGACCCUGGACCUGGUGCGACCCGAGGGCAUGCCGGAGGAGUACUAUCCCUUCCUGGGGGAGCGGUGGUGCUGGUUCGGCCACCGCAAGGCGCUGCUGGUGUUCUUCGCGGCGCCGCUCAUGGCCAUCAUGGUGGUGAACAUCGCGCUGUUCAUCCUGUCAGCGGUGAUGAUCGCCGAGACCACGCAGUCCACGGCCAAGAUGACCUCCUGCUCGCCGCACCACCACCAGUUCAAGCUGUACAUGCGCCUGGCGCUGCUCAUGGGCGUGUCCUGGAUCAGCGGCAUCGUGGCGGGCUACCUGCAGAUGGAGGCCAUCUGGUACGUGUUCGUGCUGUUCAACACACUGCAGGGCGUGCUACUGUUCCUUGGCUUCACCUGCACCAGGAAGGUGUGGCACGUGGCGGGGGCAGGCUGCUGGCGGCGGGUAUGCCUUGCUACCUCCCGCCCCUGGGUGUCGCGCAGCCCCUCCUCCAGCAGGCAGGGGCUGGAGUCCAGGGACUCACAUGACUCCCAGCUGUCUGCACACUCCCACUCUUCCGUGACGCACCUCGCCUCACACUCACGCACCUCCGUGGAUGCCUUCUGAGGCGCCGCCGCCACACCGCGGCCCUAUAUGUUCCUGUGGUGCCGCCCUGCACAGCUGCGUGCUGGAUGGCAUUACUUGUCCUAUUAGUGAUGCUGAGCAGGCACCAUUGUCCAGGGAGGUGGUGAGCUGCGGGAACACCUGGACACGCCGCGCCUCAGGAGGGGCGAGGGGCGAGGGGCGAGGUGUGUGUUUGUGUGUGUGCGUGCGUGCGUGCGUGCGUGUGUGUGCCAGGCGUCACCUUAUGCUAGUCGAGUGUGUUCUUCCUAUACUUAAGUUAGUCUCCGCCUGUCAAUACUUGGUCCUCUCAGUGACGAAUCUUGGACUGUUGUGAUGAAUGUUGAAGUUUUCCCGAGUCAAGAACUUGCAACACUCCAGUGUGUGUGUGUGUGUGUGUGUGUGUGUGUGUGUGUGUGUGUUGCGUGACUCGCGUACCAAAGGGGUGUCUGUUCACAAUUUUAUGUACUCUGUAUCAUUAAUUGCCUUUUUGGUGUUUUCCUCAAUAAAUGUCUUGGUAAAUAAUGAAACUUACGAAUAUUUAGUCUGGCGAUGCUGUCACUGUCGCUGUCACUGUCACUGUCGCGGUCACUGUCACUGCGGUACACUGAAGAGUGAAGAGGGGCCGCGGUGGCUGCCUCGUCCUGCUUGGGUCAGUGUGUGGUGUGCGGCCAAUUCACUGCAUUAUGGGUAUUUUUCCUCAUUAUUAUUCAUAUACAUCAGAUAUCCUAUUUUUUAUUACAGUGUUCAUCGGCCACUCAUAGCCCACCAGACGGGCCAGUGUAGUCAGUAUGUAUAUAGGAGUGUAUAUAUUUUGUCAUAUACUUUUGUCACAUUGAAAAAUAAACAUGAUUGUAAUAA